AUGGGGCCACCACUCAGCUAUCCCUGCCCAGUAGGAUGUUCACUUGAGCUGCUAGGGCCAGACUCUCCUGCAGAGAGUUAUGUUUCCAUGAAAAGUGACAUGUCCAAAGCGGAACCGCUAAACUUCAGUGAUGAAGUGCUGACAUCACGUGAGGGCCGAAGACCAGUGUCUCCUGCAGAGAGUUAUGCUUCCAUGAACAGUGAGAUGUCCAAAGGGGAGGUGCCAAACUUCAGUGAUGAAGUGCUGAGUUCACUUGAGCUGCAAAGACCAGUGUCUACUAGAAAGAGUUCUGUUCCCAUGGACAGUGGCAUGCCCAAAGGGGAACUGGUAAACUUCAGUAACGAAGUGCUGAGUUUACUUGAGGGUCAACGGCCAGAGUCUUCUGCAGAGAAUACUGUGAAUAGUGACAUGUCCAAAGCGAAACCACAACUCUUCAGUAAUAAUCAACCAAGCGAACAAAAAACAGACUCUUCUGCCACAAAAAGCACAGAAAGUAACAGCGAGGACCCUCCAGGCUCCAAGAAUACAGCAGCAAGCAGUUCUACCAACAGAGAGAAAGAUGCUGUAAAAAAAAUGAAGGAAAUUCUGAAGAAGGAAUUGAAUGAAAAGUAUAAAGAACAGAGUAAGGAAGAGAUCGAUACAGAACUCUGUGUACAAAAGGAAGAAAAAAAAGUGCAACCUGACUACAAAGACAUGUUCAAUGUGCGAACAGUGCUGACAACUGGAAUGGCUGGUGUUGGGAAAACAUUUCAAACAAAGAUGUUCACAAUUAAGUGGGCAAAAGGGAAGGCUAACAAAGAAAUUGACUUAAUAGUUUCAUUCCAGUUCAGUGAGCUGAAUGAAAGAGGAGACCAAGUUCAGAGUAUGGAAGAACUGCUGAAUGAUUAUUUCAGCGAAAUUAAACCACAAGGACAUCUCUCCUAUGACAAGUUUAAAAUACUUUUUAUUCUGGAUGGCCUGGAAGAAUGUGAACUUCCUCUGGAUUUCAAAAACAAUAAGAUACUGACUGACAUGAAGGCACAGGCCUCAAUGGAUGAGCUGCUGACAAACCUAAUCAAAGGGACUCUUCUUCCUUCUGCUCAUCUCUGGAUCAUCUCACAACCCUCAGGAGUUGAUAAGAUUCCUACUCGUUAUAUCCAAAAAGUUACAAAAUGUCAAGAGACCUCAAAGAGAUGGACAAAGCUGGUGACACAUCUGCGCAACAGACUUAGAGAAAUGCCUCUGGUUAAAAACAACAAUCAUACUCACCAGAAAAACACAGAACACAUCAUAAGAGAAGACAACACUGCAGAGGGCACUGAUGAACUGAAAAAGAAACAGACUGUGGAGAAAUUGAAGACAACAUCUGAAAUCUUUAACGAGAAGAAAGGGGAAAAAAUCAGAACUGUGCUGACUGUCGGAGAGGCUGGUAUCGGGAAAUCCUUCCAUGUACAAAAAUACAUAAAAGAGUGGGCAGAUAAUACAAGCCCUUCACUUUUAACUAGGCUUAAAACAUCUGUUUUUGGUAAAGGAAAAGACAAUGAAUUAGGAAUAUUUCCACUUGAAGUCUCUGAACUUAAUCAGAUGAAAGAUAAAAUUAGCUUGGUGGGUCUUCUCAACCAUUGCUUCAAGGAAACCAAAGACUUUGUCAUCACUGAGAUUUCAAACUUCCCAGUUUGUUUUAUCUUGGAUGGACUUGACCAAUUUCAGCUCCCUCUCAACUUUGACAACAACAACAUAUUGACUGAUAUCAGUGAACCAGCCUCAGUGGACGUGCUGUUGACCAACCUCAUCAAAGGGAACCUGCUUCCUUCAGCUCUAGUGUGGAUAACGUCCCGCCCUUCAGCUGAUAAUUGGCAGAAUGAUGAGAAAUGUGUUGACAGGGUGACAGAAAUACGAGAGAAAUCUGUUGAAGACAAACUGAAAGAAAAUCUGAAGAUGGCAAUUUGUACAGAUUAUAAGGAAAAGAGUGAUGAAGAGACUGACACAGAACUCUGUGUACAAAAGGAAGAAAAAGAAGAAUUAGUGCAACCCGACUACAAAGACAUGUUUAAUGUGCGAACAGUGCUAACAACAGGAAUUGCUGGGGUUGGUAAAACAUUUCAAUCAAGGAUGUUCAUGUUUAACUGGGCAAAAGAGAAGACCAACAAAAACAUAGACUUUAUAGUUGCAUUUCAGUUCAGUAAGCUGAAUGAAAGAAAAGUAAAAAAUCAGAGUAUGGAAGAACUGUUGAAUGAUUAUUUCAGCACAUUCAAAAAACAAGGCCAUCUCUCCUAUGACAAGUUUAAAAUACUUUUUAUUCUUGAUGGCCUGGAAAAAUGUACACUUCCUCUGGAUUUCAAAAACAACACGGACCUGACUGACAUGGAGGCACAGGCCACGAUGGAUGAGCUGCUGACAAACCUAAUCAAAGGGACUCUUCUUCCUUCUGCUCAUCUCUGGAUCAUCUCACAACCCUCAGGAGUUGAUAAGAUUCCAUCUGAUUAUAUCCAGAAAGUUACAAAAUGUCAAGAGACGUCAAAGAGAUGGACAAAGCUGGUGACACAUCUGUGCACAAGACUUAGAGAAAUGCCUCUGAUUGAAGACGCCGAUCAUCCUAACCAGAAAAACACAGAACACAUCAUAAGAGAAGACAGCACUGCAGAGGGCACUGAUGAACAGAAAAAGAAACAGACUGUGGAGAAAUUGAAGACAACAUCUGAAAUCUUUAACGAGAAGAAAGGGGAAAAAAUCAGAACUGUGCUGACUGUUGGAGAGGCUGAUAUCGGAAAAUCCUUCCAUGUACAAAAAUACAUAAAAGAGUGGGCAGAUAAUAAACAGCGGGUUGAAGAAAAUAAAAAUGCUUCAUCUUCGCAAAAAAAGAAAGAUGAACUAGGAAUAUUUCCACUCAAAGUCUCUGAACUUAAUCAGAUGAAAGCUAAGGAAAUUAGCUUGGUUGGUCUUCUCAACCAUUGCUUGAAGGAAACCAAAGACUUUGUAAUCACUGAAUUUUCACACUUCCCAGUUUGUUUUAUCUUGGAUGGACUUGACCAAUUUCAGCUCCUGCUCGACUUUGACAACAACACCACCUUGACUGAUAUCAGUGAACCAGCCUCAGUGGACGUGCUGUUGACCAACCUCAUCAAAGGGAACCUGCUUCCUUCAGCUCUAGUGUGGAUAACGUCCCGACCUUCAGCUGAUAAUUGGCUGAAUGAUGAGAAAUUAGUUUACAGGAGGACAGAAAUACGAGAGAAGCCGGAAAUUACAAGCCAACGUAAACUCAAGUCUCAACUGAAGGAGCAGUUUACUCGUGUGUCUGAGGGCAUCGACAGGCAACAAACCUCUGCUGUCCUGAAUGAGAUCUACACAGAGCUCUACAUCAUAGAGGGGCAGAGUGGAGAAGUCAAUGAGCAGCAAGAGAUCAGACAGGUUCAAAAUGCAAAGUUCAAACCAGUUAAACAAGAAACAGCAAUUAAAUAUAAUGAGAUUUUCACCUCUGUUGAAAAUAAACAUAUUAAAACUGUGAUGACAAUUGGAGUGGCAGGCAUAGGAAAAACUAUCGCAUCAAUGAAGUACAUGCUGGACUGGGCUGAGGGUAACGCGGUUCAAAACAUUUUUUUCAUGUUUCCACUUCCUUUCCGAGAGCUUAAUUUGAGAAGAGAGGAACAACUCAGUUUUGAAAACCUUCUUCAUCAGUUCUUUCCAGCUAUGAAGACCUCAGAAAUAUCUGACUAUGACAAUUACAAAAUUCUGGUUGUUCUGGAUGGCUUUGAUGAAUGUCGCCUUGAUCUUGACUUCAGUGAAAGUAAUAAAUGCAUCGAUGUGAGAGAGCAAACAUCAGUGAAUAUUCUGCUGACCAACCUCAUCCAAGGAAAUCUGCUUCCUGAAGCUCAGAUCUGGAUCACCUCCCGACCUGCAGCCUCCAACCGUAUUCCUGCUGAUAAAGUUGCCCGGGUCACAGAGGUGCGAGGAUUCAAUGAAGAGCAAAAAGAAGAGUACUUCAGGAAGAGGUUUAAUGAGGAUCUAUCUGAAAAAAUCCUCACCCAUGUGAAGAAAUCAAGAAGCCUUUAUAUCAUGUGUCACAUACCAGUUUUCUGUUGGAUCACUGCAAAGGUCCUGGAGGAAUAUGUGACCACGAACCAAGAAGAUGAAAUGCCCAAGACGCUGACUGACAUGUACACAUACUUUCUUUUGAUCGAGUGCAGACAGGCCAACAGAAAGUAUAAUGAAGAUAAGACAAGUGAAAGCUGUGAGAUAGAUAAAUGCUGGAAUGAAAGAAACAAGGAAACCAUUAUAUCUUUAGGCAAACUAGCUUUUGAGGAGCUUGUGAAAGGAAACUUUCUCUUUACUGAGGAAAACCUGACAGAGUGCGGUACUGACAUCACGAAAGCUGCUGUUUUUUCUGGGAUAUUGACUCAGAUCGAAAGAGAAGGUCCUUCAAUGUACCCACAGAAACUGUUUUGCUUUGUCCAUUUGAGCAUUCAGGAGUUCCUGGCAGCUUUCUAUGUGUUUUACAUCUUCAAUAACAAAAGUGAAAAUCUGCUUACCACACCUCCUUCAGUGGUUUCACACUUGCCUGCAUCCGACUUCUACAAGAAAGCAGUGGACAAAGCUUUAGAUAGUAAACAUGGAGACUGGGAUAUGUUUCUCCGCUUCCUGCUCGGCCUCUCACUGGAGACCAAUCAGAAACAUCUGAAAGAGCUGCUGAUAGACAACAAAAAAAAUAACAAGGUGACCAACAAGGAGACAGCUGAGUACAUCAAAAAGAAGAUCAAUGAAGACAUCAGUGAUGCAGAAAAAAACCUCAAUCUUUUUUACUGUUUGAAUGAGCUUAAUGAUCACUCUCUUGUGAAAGACAUCAAAGAGCAACUGCGAUCAGGAAAACAGAAUUUUGAAGAUUACUCUGCUGCUCAGUGGUCUGCUCUGACGUUUGUGCUGUUGACGUCAGAUGAAAAACUCGAUGUGUUUGAUCUGAAAAAGUAUCGGAAGUCAGAGAAAGUUCUUCUGGGAAUGUUGCCAGUGGUCAAAGUCUCCAAACGUACUUUGUUGAGUUGGUGCGAUCUCACCGAACAAUCCUGCAGUGGUCUCACAGAUUUAGUCCUAAGCUCUGCAUUCUCAAACCUGUCAGAGUUGGACAUGAGCCAUAAUGACCUGCUGGAUUUAGGUGUGGAACAUCUUGCCGAAGGCCUGAAGAGUCCACACUGCAAACUGAAGAUUCUCAAGUUGUCUGGUUGUCAGGUAACAGAGACAGGUUGCUCUUUCCUUGCCUUGUCUCUUGAGUCCAACACAGCAUCCCUUUUGGAACAUUUGGAUCUGAGGUACAAUCAUCCAGGAGACAAUGGGACAAAGAGACUAAUGGAUAAAGUUAGAGAGGAAUCUUACCCAAACAGGAAGCUGAAGACAGUGCUUUUGGACCACGGCGGAGCACAUCGGUUAAAACCAGGGUUUAAGAAAUAUGGUGUAGAACUGAAGUUUGAUGAAAAUACAGCAGGCAAAAGACUCCUCCUAGAAGGAGACAGAAAAGUAAGAACUGUGAAGAAGGUCGAGGAGAAACCUGCACGAACUGAAAAUGAGAACAGGUUCAAGAGGUCUCAGGUGUUUUGUGUCGAGGGACUGGAAGAUCUCUGUUACUGGGAAGUGGAAUGGAGUGGGACGGUCUGCAUUGCUGCAGCAUACAAAAGAGUGGGUAGAAAAUGGGAUAGCAGUGGUGGCCUAGGAUGCAAUGAGAUGUCCUGGGGUCUGCACUGCUCUGGUACUGACUACACUGCCAUGCAUGGGAAAUUUCGAAAGCGUUUGAGAUUACCCUCUAGUAAAAAAAUAGCAGUGCUCUUGGAUUGGAGAGGAGGAACUCUGAGUUAUUACAGUGUUUCAUCAGAAAAGCUGAGCCUCAUACACACCUUUCAUGCAAAAUUCACAGAGCCGCUCUUCCCAGGCUUCUGGUUUAAAACGGGCUCUGUGACCUUAUGUGACAUUGAUUAAAUCACUGUAAAACAGCACUGUAGUGACCACUUACAAUUCUCUUCUGUCAUUAACAUUUCAGUCCCGUAAUAUGAAACAUUACUUUUUAAAAAAAUAUAAGUUGUUAGUUUAUUUAUUUUUGAAUCCAUAUUAAUACUGAAAAAAUGAACUAGUGUCAUAAAGAAGCUGUCUGUGUUCCAACUAUUUUAGAGGACAACCACUCUACUACUGCCAUUAAAUUACUGCAUUUUUAAAAGACUGCAAGUUGUGUGAAUGUACCUUUGUACUAAACACACUUUAAAUUACACCAAUAAAAUUUGAAUUAGUUAGAUUAUUAUGUAAAGAUAAAACACAUUGGUUGGUGAUUCCAGUCAUCUCUGUUUAUUCAUUCAUUUAAUUUGUUUUUACUUUUAUAUGUGUAAAAUAUUCUGAUGAAAGAUAUACUGAUAACAAUGAUGAAUAUUAUUAACAAUUUUAAGUAUGAUUUUAUUUGCUUCAUUUCACACUACUGAUAAUGUUUUUUGUUUGUUUGUUUUGUCUUUUUUUUACUACCUUGUCCUAGUUUUAUUUCUUUUAAUUUUCUACAAUAAAAUGAUUUUUGGUGGCUGUAAUGAAUACUCCUUGUCAUAUUUAAUAUAAAGGGCCAAUAAAGGAUCUCUAAUUUGAAUGUAAUUAAGUACAAGGACACAAACUUGACAUCCAAUCAAAUAAAGAGGACAGUUUUCUAAUUUUUUGUAUCAACAGUGAGAAUAAUGACAAGGAAAAACUGGUGUUUGUACAGAAUAUUCACUUUUGCAUAUGUACACUAUGAUACAGACUUAAAAAAAGGAAUCUGUUUGUUAAGCUCAGGCUGUGCUUGAGAAAGAAG